UUUCAUCGUCUCCCAAAAGCUUGAAAACCUUCCACCAAAUACUACUCGAAAGUGAGCCAUUUGCAAAUUUCCACACUCCCAAGAUGCUGCUCUUCUGCCCCAGCUGCGCCAACGUCCUAACCGUCUCGGCCAUGGAGACGGGGAAGAACCGACUUGAGUGCCGAACGUGCCCGUACGAGUUCGCCAUCAACGAGCCCCUCUUCAGCCGCAAGGAGUUUGCGCGCAAGGAGCGCGAGGACGUCUUUGGCGGGCCCGGCGCGUGGGACAAUGCGCAAAAGGGUCGCGUGCAGUGCCCCGCCGACAACUGCGACGGCGAGGAGGCCGCCUUCUUCCAGGUCCAGAUCCGCAGUGCUGAUGAGCCGAUGACGAGCUUUUACAAGUGCAUGACUUGUGGCCACAGAUGGCGUGAGAACUGACAGAUCGUGGCCUGUGGUUGUUUUCGUAUUUUCGGUCUUUUUGCGAUGGAGUGGUGGAGAGCCGCAUGGCGGUCUCGUUGCUUUCGGAUCUGGUAAUUACGGCGAAAUGGCGUUCGCAGCGGAGGCGUUUGGCUGGCUUUAAUAUCGUGGCUUUCGAUGUGUGCAGAUUUGUUGCGCCCUGGGCUGGGCGAACUUUUGUCGUCCCCCAAUGAUCCCAAUAGUUCCUGUCCCUAUAUCUCAAAACUCCGAGGCCUUUGCUAGUGAUGUGACACACUCCCAACG